AUGUCCCAAGUCGUUGUCUGCAUUGACGAUAAGGGCAAGCCGGCGAACAUUCCGGACCUCGAGAUGAUCAUCACGCGGAGUUUCGACGAGCGUGACCGCCAGGCUACCGCCACCAACACAAGUGGUGUGAGGAUCGACCUUGAUAAGAGGUCUGAUCUCGACGUUAGUAGCAUAUGGGUCAAGUCUGGGCGUGACAUCACCAUGGGCGAGGCCAAUAUGCAGCGCUUUGUCGCGGAAUAUCUUCAAAAUAAUAACAUCUCUGCUGUACGUGCCCCUCGCGUUUACCUCGCCUUCACGUGGGGCAUCUUCGGUUUCAUCGUCACCGAGUACAUCGACGGACAGACGUGUAGCUACUCCGAUAUCAGCGUCGUCGCCGCCGCUGUGCAGGCCCUUAUCGACAUCCGGAGCCCUAGCUUGAAGCCCGGACCCGUCGGAGGAGGCUUGAUGGAGCACCCCUUUUUUGUCGACAGGAAGUCCUGCAUCCAGUACGAAUCCGUCGAGGAGCUACAGGACCAUGUGAACGGGAUUCUCUCCGAGACGGGGAGGAGGGGCCGCGUCAACUUCGCCAGCGAGCUCGCUAAUUAUGGGCUGCGCCUCUGCGUAUCUGACCUGGUGCCCGUUAAUUUCAUGAAGGAUAGCAACGGUGGGAUCGUGGCCGUGGACUUUGGCGGCUACUCCUUCCUGCCGCCCUCCUUCUUCGCCUUCACGCUGCGAUACGGAGGCUGUUCGAACUUCGCACUCCGCGUUGCCCGCACGCUCGAGUACCCAUCACCACCAAAUGUUACGGCCAUGGUGAGCGCCUCUUGCGCGCUGGUCCCCUUUUCUAGAAACGAUGUCGGCCUUCCGGAGAGACUCCAGUCCAGGCUUCAACCAGUAAACGCCGCGCACAAUCGGCCCAGCGCUUAA